AACUAAAACAAGUGGUGAAUCCAGCAAAAAACACAGGAAUCUUAGAAAUUCAUUCUCUAUCUUGUUUGUCUUCGGUAUGGACAGAGCGUCAUACUGGCUGUAUUUUCCCACGAAUUCUUUUUAAAACGCCUUUUGAAUUUCGACCUCCCCUCGCCUUUGAAAUGGUUCCUUCCAGGAGUCCCGGAACGCGCGGUUAGAACCAUUCUGUACUCUAGGCGGGAGGGAGAGUAGGGGUGGCCGAGAGGGAGGUUUUUGCAGUGGUGCCUGGUUUCGCCCCACUCUUCAGGACUUUGGGACCGUCUCCAUGUUCCCGAAUGCGGGUUUGGAGGACUUCGCGUGUCAGGGCGCGUUCGGGUGUUUCCUGCGCCCCUGACAGCGUGGGGCUGAUGGUACGAUCGGCCGAGUCACGCGCUCUGGGCUCCGAGCCGACUGCAGGAGGUGCGGGCAUCGCCGAAAUUGUCAAGACUUCGCAUAUGACUGCUGUUGCCAUGGCUGACUUGCCUGGCAGGUCUUUGCAUACUCUGGUCUAGUUGGGCUGGUGGAGGUGUGAUUCUGCUAAGUUGUAAGGCCUCUUCCCCACCUCCGAGGCACCAUGAAUGCCAUUGUUGCCCUCUGUCAUUUCUGUGAGCUCCAUGGCCCUCGCACUCUGUUCUGCACGGAGGUUCUUCACGCACCCUUGCCCCAAGGAGCCGGGAGCGGGGACAGCCCUGGCCAGGGUGAGCAGGCUGAGGAGGAGGAGGGCGGCAUCCAGAUGAGCAGUCGAGUCCGCGCCCACAGCCCAGCUGAAGGAACCAGUGCUGAGUCUAACAGCCCAGGGCCCAAAAAGUCGGACAUGUGCGAGGGCUGCAGGUCGCUCGCUGCGGGGCACCCAGGCUAUAUCAGCCACGAUAAAGAGACCUCCAUUAAGUAUGUCAGUCACCAGCACCCCAACCACCCCCAGCUCUUCAGCAUUGUCCGCCAGGCCUGUGUCCGAAGCCUGAGCUGCGAGGUGUGCCCUGGCCGUGAAGGGCCCAUUUUCUUUGGGGAUGAGCAGCAUGGUUUUGUGUUCAGCCACACCUUUUUCAUCAAAGACAGCCUGGCCAGGGGCUUCCAGCGCUGGUACAGCAUCAUUGCCAUCAUGAUGGACCGGAUUUAUCUCAUCAAUUCCUGGCCCUUCCUGCUUGGGAAGAUCCGUGGGAUCAUUGAUGAGCUCCAGGGCAAGGCCCUCAAGGUGUUUGAGGCAGAGCAGUUUGGAUGCCCCCAGCGAGCUCAAAGGAUGAACACGGCAUUCACACCCUUCCUGCACCAGAGGAACGGCAAUGCAGCCCGCUCACUGACUUCCUUGACCAGCGAUGACAACUUGUGGGCCUGUCUGCACACCUCCUUCGCCUGGCUCCUGAAAGCGUGUGGCAGCCGGCUGACAGAGAAACUCCUGGAGGGCGCGCCAACAGAGGACACCUUGGUGCAGAUGGAGAAGCUCGCUGACUUAGAAGAGGAAUCAGAAAGCUGGGACAACUCUGAGGCUGAAGAGGAGGACAAGGCCCCUGUAUUGCCAGAGGGUGCAGAAGGGCGGGAGCUGACCAAAUGUCUGACAGAUUCGUCCUUACUGUCAGACUGUGGAAGUUGGCAGCCCCGGAAGCUGUCUGUGUUCAAAUCCCUGCGGCACAUGAGACAGGUCCUGGGCGCCCCGUCAUUCCGCAUGUUGGCCUGGCACGUUCUCAUGGGGAACCAGGUAAUCUGGAAAAGCAGAGAUGUGGACCUGGUCCAGUCAGCAUUUGAAGUUCUUAGGACCAUGCUGCCUGUAGGCUGCGUCCGCAUCAUCCCGUACAGCAGCCAGUAUGAGGAGGCCUACCGGUGCAACUUCCUGGGACUCGGCCCGCACGUGCAGAUCCCCGCCCACGUGCUCUCCUCAGAGUUCGCAGUCAUUGUGGAGGUCCACACAGCCACGCGCUCUGCCCUCCAUCCUGUCGGGUGUGAGGACGACCAGUCUCUCAGCAAGUACGACUUUGUGGUGACGAGCGGGAGCCCAGUGUCUGCAGACAGAGUUGGCCCCACCAUCCUGAAUAAGAUUGAAGCAGCCCUGACCAACCAGAACCUGUCUGUGGACGUGGUGGACCAGUGCCUCGUCUGCCUCAAGGAGGAGUGGAUGAACAAAGUGAAGGUCCUCUUUAAAUUCACCAAGGUGGACAGUCGGCCCAAGGAAGACACGCAGAAGCUACUGAGCGUCCUCGGUGCAUCGGAGGAGGACAAUGUCAAGCUGCUGAAAUUCUGGAUGACAGGUUUAAGCAAGACCUACAAGUCGCACCUCAUGUCCACAGUCCGCAGCCCCACUGCCUCUGAAUCUCGUAACUGACGCCAUGGGAUUUGUUUCCAUGUGCACUUUCUGGGAAAUGGUGGUCGCAGUGCGCAGGCUGUCCUCCAGCCCCACGAGAGGAAGGACUGCUGCUGAGUUUCUGGACUGUAGGCAUACAGCCAGGUCCUGGCGUGGGAUGGAAACUGCUAGGCCAGGCUGUGCCCUGUGUGGGGCUCAGGGCAUGUGUGGUUCUUAGCACAUUCCAUAGCUGCCAAACCACCUGCCUGAGGAAGGCAGUGGAGACUGGACAGCUCCGUGAGGGAGACUCAGGAGCUCAUGGCUCUCGUGCCUCAGGUGUGCGGUCUCAGAACUGAUGAAGGACUCAGUGUCCGGGCUGCAGUAACCUGUCCUCUCUUGGGGUCAGCAUCUGACCUUCCCUUUUGAAAUGCAGCAAGUUUCUUGGGCUUUGUGUUUAAGUGUAUGUUUUGCUGUAUUUGUGAAGAUUGAGGAUGUACUGCCAUCCAGUCGGUUUUGGUCAUCUGCUUUUAAGUUAGGGCUCUGUAAAUGUAAAGGCUUUGGGGUGAAGUGGAUGUUCUCCUUGAUACUAGGUCCUCUGGAAUUUGUGUUCUGAGUCAGUGUGGCUCAUCUUAUGGGUGCGUUCCCCUGCAUUGCUAUGGAGUUAGCCUGUGACUUAGUAAGGGGCAGCCCUUGGCUGUACACACAGAUGCCCCUGUGGAGGCAUCUCAUCGACCAACUCAUUGUCGACCAUGAAACCCACCAUGGCUUCAUUCUUAGUCACUUUCUCCUGUAUUGUGGCUUUCAACUUUUACAUGUGGCUGCCAGUGGUAUCAUCCCAUUGGACAGAUUUAAUGAAGAGUCCUGGCUUGGAAGAAUUUUCUGGCAGUCUUCCCAAUUCGUUUAUAGUUUUUCAGUGUUCAUUUAAUUUAUAUUUAGCACAAAGACUUAAGUGUAUUUCGACUAGGUCUCUGUGUAAUACAAGCUCAUCGAAACACAAUAAAUAUCUAUUUUUGUAACUUGUUGACUAUGUGGUGUUAUACUUCCUAUUACACCUCCACAUUUUUGACCAAUGGAAACACAUGUAGAAAAAUGUGUUGGGUGACUUUGUCGUGUAGCAUCAGAGUGUACUUGGGCAAGCUUGUGUUGAUGGCUACAGUGAUACUAGGCAAUCACCUGUGGGGCCCACGGUUGACUAAAAUAUCGUCACGUGGUGCAUGGCUGUGGCAUGGCUAAAAUGACAGCAGCUCUCAGUGAUAUGAUAGUUACGCUCCUGUAGUUGAGCAGGAAAGAAGGGAUACAAACUCAACAGCCCAAGAAGGUUUAUUACUAAACCGGGGCAUUUUUUUGUGGGCAUUUGAGGUGGUGGGUUGGAAAAAUGGCCAGCCUGUGGCUUGCUAAUGUGUCUUCUGUAAUCUGCUGACAUGACCUUGGGAGACUGCUUGUGACCUUCCUGUGUCCUCUGUGACCUAAGUAAAAUGAAACCUUCAUUUCUUUAAGAUGGUGGGUGGGCUCAUUUGAGCUGGUAGUGUCCCUGUCUGGGCUCUGUCAAUGGUGAUCUUGGGGCCUGGGGAUUUAGCUCAGUGGCCCC